AUGACGACUUCACGACUUGAUCGAUUGGUUACUUUGCUCGAGACGGGCAGCACCCAGCUCAUCCGAACAACUGCCGCACAACAACUUGCAGAUGUUCAAAAGAAUCACCCUGACGAGUUGUUCAAUCUGCUGACUCGUAUCGUACCAUACCUUCGUUCUCCGUCAUGGGAUACUCGCACUGCGGCUGCUCGCGCCAUUGGAGGUAUCGUUGAACACGCCGAGAAGUUCGACCCGAAUGCUACUAUUGACGAUAUCAAAUCGGACAAUAAUGGCAACGGCGAGGUAUUGGUGAAGGACGAAGGCUCAACUACACCAAAUAUUCCCGACCAACUACAAUUGAGUUCACUUGAUGUAGAGUCCAUCCUGACCAAUGGCAAAGAACUACUCGGGAGUGCAGGCAAGCAGUAUGAUUUCAAGUUGGCUGGACUUAGUGCAGUUGAGCGUCUAGCUCAUCAGAAGAAAACCCUCACUGCCCGACUCGGCCUGGGCGGUGAAUAUAUCGAAGAAGACCUUGUCGAUGAAAAAGAUUUGGCAAUCCGUGCAUCAUUUGGCACGCCAGGAAUUUCACGGGCAGACACAGAUCCGGGAAAGAUGACUCCGAAUGGUGCGGAUGCGUCAAUGCACUCACCUGAUGAUUCGCAACAGCCGCAAACCCCUGGCGGAGGAGAGAUGAGCAAACGCCAGCUCAAUAUGCUCAAACGGCGACGUAAGGAGGAGCUCAAACGCGACAACAAGAAAUUCAAGUACGACUUUGUGGUUCGCCGCGAAAGCACAAGUGUGUCGCAGACCCCCGUCGAUGACAUCAAACUCGAGGCCAAGCCCGAAACUGACGCCAACGGCAAUCCCGACUAUUUCUCACUCGAGCGCAAGUCUGGCGACGACGAGGGCAAAGUUGUCUCGGAAUUCAAGGGUUUGGCAAUGCCAGAGAAGUCCUCGUUGAUCUCCGACACAGAAGUGGAAGGUAGCGAGUGGCCAUUCGAGAAACUCUGCGAAUUCCUCACUGUCGAUCUCUUCGAUUCGGCUUGGGAGAUCCGACACGGCGCCGCUAUGGGCCUACGGGAGAUUGUUCGCGUGCACGGGGCUGGCGCGGGUCGGCUGGCAAAUAAAACUUGGGACGAGAACCAAAGAUUUAACAGAGCCUGGCUAGACGAUCUUGCGUGUCGAAUAUGCUGCGUUUUCAUGCUUGAUCGGUUCGCCGAUUACGUCUCAGACAACGCUGUAGCGCCAAUCCGAGAGACAGUUGGGCAAGUACUUGGAUCAGUCCUACAAUAUUUGCCACCCGCAUCGGUGCAUGAAGUCAACCGCAUUCUCUACCGACUUGUGAUGCAGAAGGACCUAAAAGUUUCGAAGCGCAUAUGGCAUGCAUGCCAUGGCGGAAUGAUCGGCAUGCGAUACUUGGUGGCUGUCCGGACCGAUCUGCUCCUCGAGGAUCGAUCACUGAUGGACGGAGUGCUUGAGUGUGUAAUCAAGGGCCUAGGCGACAACGAUGAUGACGUGCGAUCUGUCAGUGCCGCAACAUUGAUACCUGUCGCUAGGGAGUUUGUCAACGUUCGUUCAGACGAGCUGAGGCAUCUGAUCAGCGUUGUCUGGACCUGCUUGAUGGAUCUCUCUGAUGACCUCAGCGCAAGUACUGGCUCGGUCAUGGAUCUUCUGGCAAAGCUCUGCAGCUUUCCGGAAGUUCUCUCAGCCAUGAAGCAAAACGCGGAGAAUGAUCCAUCGCAAUCUUUUGACGAACUUGUGCCACGCUUGUACCCCUUCUUACGACACACAAUCACGACUGUUCGGUCUGCUGUGCUUCGCGCUUUGUUGACUUUCAUCAACAUUGAAGGUAAUGAGACGAAAGGCUGGAUCAACGGCAAAGCUCUACGAUUGGUGUAUCAAAAUCUCCUUGUUGAGCGCAACGACGCCGUUCUGAAACUAUCCCUCGAAGUCUGGACAUCCCUAGCAGAGUCUCUAGCUGCCAGGCAUCCCUAUGCUUUCAAGCAAGAAUUUGAGGCCCAUGCGGAUCCACUCAUCACGCUCACACUCCAUCCAAUCGGCAUUAGCCGCCAUCCCAUCCCGAUGGAUGCAACUCUGUUCAUCAAACCCUCAGGUGUGGCUUAUGCGCCACUGUCAAAUGCCAACCGACUUUCUCCUGUCAACGGCUCAGAGCCAGCCAAGAAACGCCGGAGGUCGGAUAAGAAGGAAAGCUCCGCACCUGUGCCUCUGGUCCCUGGCACAACGACACACAAUAUCGAUGCGGCCAUCAUGCAGGGGGAUGUUGACCUGGUUGGAACAGAUGUCAUGAUCAGAACCCGGAUAUUCGCCACAAGAGCGCUAGGCAAAGCGGUCUCACUCUUCCCACCCGAAGAGCGACAGGCUUCCUUCGGACCGAGCAUGCUACCAGCUCUCAAAUCAGGAUUUGGUUCCACGCAGUUGUUCGCUGCAAUGGCUUUUGAGGCGUAUGCUACGAGUCUUGUUACCCCAGAAUCGCUCGUCUCAGCGGCGAUCGCCGACCUUCAACGGCUGGUCGAGGACGAUCGACCAAGUUGUUACAGCGAUCUCACCAAUUAUCUUCGCAUCGCUCGUGCACAAUGCCAGCAACUCCUCAAUGCAUUCCAGGACCAUGCGCACAUGCCCCCCGGGAAAUUGCCGGUGCUUGCAGUAGUAUGUCAAGGCGAGCCAGAGGCAGGGAAGAAUGCUUUCUCAAUCCUUGAUGCCCAGAAGAUUGUCGGCCCGGAUUUCGACCGACUCAAAAAGAGCCUGACAACGGUGCAAAGAAUGUCUUCAGCAGAAGCAUUAAAUACAGCCAAGCUGGAUGCUGAGACGGCUAUCGCAGAUUCCCAGACGGCUAAAUUGCAAUAUGAUCUGCGCGUGAGAGCCACUGCUGCCGCAGCGUUAAUUGCUUUCCAGAGGGUUCCCAAGAAGCCACAAGCCACGAUCAAAGCAGUAAUGGACAGCGUGAAAGCUGAGGAGAAUAUUGAUCUGCAGCACAGGACUGCUACCGCAGUGUCUGAGCUCAUCGCUCAGCUGGUAGCCAGUGAGCGCCACAAGGUUGUCGAGAAGGUCGUCGGUAACAUUGUCAAGUUCUGCUGCAUGGAGACUGGCGAAACGCCCGAGUUCCAUCCCAACGCGGACAAGAUAUCAGGUAUUCUGUCCCUUCAGAAGGACGAAGAUAUCCAAGAACGACCAGAUGCGGCGAAGUUUGAAAGGGAGGUCAAAGCGGCUCGUAUCACCCGAAGGGGCGCGAAAGAUGCACUCGAGCAGCUCUGCCAAAAGUUUGGGCCUGAAAUCUUCGCCAAAGUGCCGAAACUGCAAGAGGUCAUCGAGGGUCCCGUGCGGAAAUGCUUCACGAGCGAAUUGCCUACAGAAAUCACUGAUCCUGAAAGCACUAUCGGCCAGGAGGCAAUCGACGGCAUGUCCACACUACGAGCAUUGGUGGCUACCCUAGAUGCUUCUCUGCAUACAUGGGUGCUUCAAUUGCUGCCUUUCGUUGCUCGAGCGUUACAAUGUCGUCUCUCCGUUCUCCGUUAUACGGCCGCCAAGUGCUUUGCUAGUGUCUGCAGUGUCAUCACAGUACAAGGCUUCACUAUGCUUGUUGAAAAAGUGCUGCCGCCAAUCAACAAUGCGCAUGACGCCAUCGAUCGGCAAGGUGCCAUUGAAUGCAUCUAUCAUCUCAUCCAGGUCAUGGGAGAUGGAAUUCUGCCAUACGUGAUCUUCCUACUUGUCCCGGUACUCGGGCGCAUGAGCGACUCAGACGCCGGAGUACGUCUCAUUGCCACGACCGCCUUCGCCACACUGGUAAAAUUGGUCCCUCUUGAGGCCGGAAUUCCCGAUCCUCCAGGCUUGCCACAGUCGCUGCUCGAGGGACGAGAACGAGAACGAAAAUUCAUUGCGCAGAUGCUUGAUCCCAAGAAGGUAGAGCCAUUCACCAUUCCGGUCGCCAUUAAAGCGACGCUGCGAUCGUAUCAACAGGAUGGAGUCAACUGGCUCGCAUUCCUCAAUCGCUACCACCUUCACGGUGUUCUGUGCGAUGACAUGGGUUUGGGAAAGACAUUGCAGACGCUUUGCAUGCUUGCCAGCGACCAUCACAACCGUGCUGAAGAGUUUGCAAAGACACAGUCUCCCGACAGUCGUCGCUUGCCAUCACUGGUAAUUUGCCCGCCUACACUGACUGGCCAUUGGAAGCAAGAGAUCAAGACAUAUGCCCCUUUCCUCAAUGCUGUCGCAUACGCCGGGCCACCUUCAGAGCGCGGACCAUACCGUAGUCAACUCGCUACUGCCGAUAUUGUCAUUACGUCUUAUGACAUCGCGCGUAAUGAUGUUGAGAUCCUAUUCCCCAUCGCCUGGAACUAUUGUGUCUUGGACGAAGGUCAUCUCAUCAAGAAUCCGAAGGCAAAGAUCACGCAGGCCGUGAAACGUUUGGCCAGCAACCAUCGUCUGAUCUUAUCGGGAACGCCUAUCCAAAACAAUGUCCUAGAAUUAUGGUCACUUUUCGAUUUUCUCAUGCCGGGUUUCCUGGGUACGGAGAAGAUAUUCCAGGAUCGCUUCGCCAAGCCUAUCGCUCAAAGUCGCUUUGCCAAAUCAUCAUCUAAAGAACAAGAGGCGGGAGCGCUUGCUAUUGAAUCCCUACACAAACAAGUCCUGCCGUUCCUCCUUCGACGCUUGAAAGAAGAGGUUCUGGACGACCUUCCGCCCAAGAUCUUGCAAAACUACUACUGCGACCUGAGCGAUUUGCAAAAGAAGUUGUUUGAUGACUUCACGAAGAAGGAAGGCCGUGCAUUGCAAGACAUGGCCGGCAACCCGGACAAGGAAGCCAAGACGCAUAUUUUCCAGGCUCUGCAAUACAUGCGGAAGCUCUGCAACUCACCAGCUUUGGUGAUGAAAGAAGGUCACAAGCAAUAUGCUGCCACUCAGGCCCUUUUGGCACGCGACAACACCAGCUUGACAGAUCCUAGGCACGCUCCCAAGCUCAUGGCACUCCGAGACUUGCUAGUUGAUUGCGGCAUUGGCGCUGCUCCGACCGAUAUUGGAGGUGUGCCCACCGCGGACCAAGCCGUGUCACAACACCGUGCCCUUAUCUUCUGUCAGAUGAAAGAGAUGCUCGACAUGGUCCAGGACACUGUGUUGAAAAAGCUGCUCCCAUCUGUCACCUUCUCCCGUCUCGAUGGAUCCGUCGAAGCGUCCAAACGUCAAGACAUAGUAAAUCGCUUCAACUCCGACCCUUCGAUCGAUUGUCUCUUGCUAACCACAAGCGUCGGUGGUCUCGGACUCAACUUGACAGGCGCAGACACGGUCAUUUUCGUCGAACACGACUGGAACCCGCAGAAAGACUUACAAGCCAUGGACCGCGCGCAUCGAAUCGGUCAAAAGAAAGUCGUCAACGUCUACCGCUUGAUCACGCGCGGCACACUCGAGGAAAAGAUUCUGAACCUGCAACGGUUCAAGAUCGACGUCGCGUCUACUGUCGUCAAUCAGCAAAAUGCCGGCCUCGGGACCAUGGAGACGGAUCAGAUCCUCGACCUCUUCAACCUAGGUGAGACCGAUUCGAGCCUCACGACAGACCGGCCGGAGGGCAACGGCGUGGAUGAAAGCAAUGCUGUCGACGCCGAAGGUAACAUGCGCGAGAAGGGCAAGAAGGGUAUCCUGGACGAACUGAGCGAUCUCUGGGACGACAAGCAAUACGAGGAGGAGUUCAAUCUGGACGGAUUCCUGAAGACGAUGAAGGCUUGA